UAAACAUUAUAAUCAGAAGCGCAAAGUUGGUGUUGCAUUGAAAACAAUUUCAAUUUUUUAAAGAUAUAUCUUAUUUAGUCAAAAUGCCACUUGCGGAUAAAACUUCAAUGUAUAAUAACCAGGAGAAUAUUUGCCACAGGGAUAAGAUGAUGUCUGAAAAGGAAAAUCUAGUGACACAAUUGGAAAAAAGGAUGCAAAAUCCUAUGAAACAUGAUGUUGAAAUAAUAAAACAAGCGAAACCAACCACUACUAUUGAUGUAUCAAACAAUGAGGAUGAACCUUUACUUCGAGAAAACCCAAGAAGAUUUGUAAUGUUUCCAAUUCAAUACCCUGAUAUUUGGAAAAUGUACAAGCAGGCUGAAGCUUCAUUUUGGACUGCUGAAGAGGUUGAUUUAGCCACUGAUGUAACUCAUUGGGAGGAAAAGCUGAAACCACAGGAGCGCUACUUUAUCUCCCAUGUUUUGGCUUUUUUUGCUGCUAGUGAUGGAAUUGUCAACGAAAACCUGGUGGAAUGUUUCAGUCAAGAGGUACAACUCCCGGAAGCAAGAUCUUUUUAUGGUUUCCAAAUUGCUAUUGAAAAUAUACACUCAGAAAUGUACUCCCUAUUAAUAGAAACACUAAUAAAAGACCCAGUAGAGAAAGAUAAUCUUUUUAAUGCAAUUGAGACAAUGCCUUGUAUUCAGAAAAAGGCAGUAUGGGCAUUACGAUGGAUAAAUAAACAGCGUGCAACAUUUGCUGAAAGGAUAAUUGCAUUUGCUGCUGUAGAAGGAAUAUUCUUUUCAGGAUCAUUUGCUGCAAUAUUCUGGUUAAAAAAAAGGGGAUUAAUGCCUGGACUUACCUUUUCAAAUGAACUUAUUAGCAGAGAUGAAGGACUACAUUGUGAUUUUGCUUGCUUAAUGUUUAAACAUCUAAAAAAUAAACCAAGUGAAGAAAAAGUCAAAAGUAUUAUUGCAGAUGCUGUUAAAAUAGAGCAAGAAUUUUUGACUGAAUCAUUACCUUGUGAUUUGCUUGGUAUGAAUAAAGGGUUGAUGAAACAAUAUAUUUACUUUGUUGCUGACAGACUUAUUGUAGCAUUGGGAUUUGACAAGAUAUGGAAUGUAGAAAAUCCCUUUGACUUCAUGGAAAAUAUUUCACUUGCUAGAAAAGCAAAUUUCUUUGAAAGCAGAGUUUCCGAUUAUCAGAAGUCUGGUGUUAUGGAAUCUCUAAAUAAAAAUGACGAUCGGGAUUUGAAGUUCGAUGACUUUGAGGAUAUUGAAUUUUAAAAAUGUUUUUUAUGUAAAUUACUUUUACACUUCAUAAUUAAAUGUACAUAGAUAUUUAUUUUAGUUUUUAACUUCGAGUAUCUAAUUUUACGUGUGUAUUAUUUUAGAUGAUGAAUAAACUGAAUUUACUUUUGCAA